AUGUCAUUCUUACAGAGAAUCACACGGGCUGUGUCAUCGGCACCCCUGACCCGCUCCUUCACUACCAGUCGUAUCAUUCUCGCAGAGUCCUCAGUCGCACCAGCUACCACCUCUGCUCCCAAAACUACCGGCAUAUAUCAAUUCUUUGAGAAUGGCGAGAGCUUACCAAAGCAGGGCUGGACAGGUCGUUCAUGGAAGGCUGACGAAUUGCGUGCAAAGUCUUUUGACGAUCUCCACAAACUUUGGUAUGUUCUCCUUAAGGAGCGCAAUGUCCUUGCAACCCAGCGCGAACAAGCAAAACGAUUAAGCAUCGGAAAGCAGAUCUGGUCAAACGCAGGUCGUAUGAAAAAGUGUCAAAAAUCAAUGGCACGUAUCAAAUUUGUACUUAACGAGAGACAGAUUGCCUAUGAAAAGUCAAUCGGUCAGGUAGAGCCAAAGGCUGUGAGUUUAACAGAAGAGACUGUCAAUGUGGUGGAGGAGACUGUCGUGAGUGCAGUGGAGAAGCAAUAG